CUCCACUCACCACUAACAAACUCCCAACACUUCUCUCGAGUAUUUACGCAAAAGCGAGUCAAAUUGAUAAUGAAGACAGCACUUGCAGGUUGUCCUGGGACUUUGGCUGUGCUAUUACUAGCACUAUUUACCUCUCGGAUUCACUCUCAGGUACCAAACUCAACACUUUCUGGAUGUCUGGGCAACCAGUUUGCUUGUAAUUCUGGUCAGUGUGUCAAGCAAGAAUUCCUAUGUAAUGGCGUUACCAACUGUGAAGAUGAAUCUGAUGAACAAGUUUGCUAUCAAAAGGUCUGUCCAAACAAUCAGUGGGCAUGUCCGAAUGCUGAACGUUGUAUUCCGAUAACGAGUGUGUGCAACGGGAAAAACGAUUGUGAUGACGGAGCAGAUGAGGCCUCCACUUGUUCUUCAAGGCGUUGUGGUUUGUUAUCAUGUCUAUACAGAUGUAACCCAUCUCCCGAAGGUGGUAUGUGUUAUUGCGCGGAUGGAAUGGCGUUAAAACCAGACGAUAAAAGGACUUGUAUUGAUUUCAAUGAAUGCUCCAGCUGGGGAUACUGUGAUCAGAUCUGUACAAAUAAACAAUAUGGAUACACAUGUUCUUGUCAGGCAGGGUUUACAUUAACAGGAAAACAGAUGUGUCGAGCAAAUAACAGUGAAAGCGCAAGAUUAAUCGUAUCCAGUAACAAGAGACUUUUUUCAAUGAAGACAGAUGGUAGUGACAUAAAACUUAUAGCCACAACAUCGAUAAGUCCUGUAGCUUUUGAUUCCUAUCGAAAUAAGAUAUUCUGGGCCAAUGCUCACGACUCAGAUAAACGAGAGUUUUGGGAAUCUGAUUUAUCUGGUGAGAAUAAACGUUCGAUUCCACUCAAAACGACAUUCAACAUUAUUUUGCUCUCCUUCGAUUGGAUUGCCAACAAUUUAUAUUAUGAAGACAGAAUUGCGAGAUCCAUCGGCAUCCUUAGUCUUGACAACAGACGUCAGUGUAGAAUAAUCACUACAGGCCUAACGAAAACGUUUUCCAUAGCACUUGACCCUCUUGUUGGAUAUAUGUUCGUUACUCUUUGGGGAUACAGCUAUGAAAGGGUCAAUGGUAUUUACCGAGCUUUUAUGGAUGGAAGUAACAUGGUGUAUUUUAAAACAUCGAAGUAUACCUUUCCACGUGGAAUUACUGCUGAUGUUAUUUCCAAAAGGAUUUAUUUCAUUGAUAGCCAUUUCGACCAGAUGCUGACCUUUGAUUACAACGGAUUAAACAGAUUUGAAAUCAUUGCGGGAGGAAAAUAUAUUCCAUCACCUGUGGCAAUAACACAUUUUGAAAGCCAUCUCUUUUGGGCUGAUUUGAAUAAGGGUAAAAUUAUGAAGAUGAAUAAAAAUGGUAGCAUUUCCACUUUAACAGAAAUAUAUCACAAUACUUCUGAAAUUCCUCAAAGAUUGAAAAUUUUCCAUUCAUCUUUGCAACCACAAGGAAGAAAUCCGUGCAAGCAGGCUAAAUGUCAACAUAUUUGUGUUGUGACUCAUACCUCUGACAAUGAUGGGCUUGGUUACCGUUGUCUGUGUGAAAUAGGUUUCAUUCCUGAUUCAAACCAAAUUAAUUGUACACACUGGGAAAUUAUUAAGGUUGGUGACAGGAAAGGCAUCAAAAACUCUACCUUCUCUAUUCUCUUGUAUAAUCCAUGUAAAUAUGAAAAAGCAGAUGUUUAA